AUGGCGGAGCUGUUAAUGAUUAUUGUGCUGAUAUGGAUGCCGGAAACCUAUUCACCACUCCUUUUGACAUGGAAAGCACGCCAUCUGCGUGAGAUAACGAGCGACCCGCGAUAUCGAUCGAUUCUGGAAGUUGAAGACGUUAGUCUUCAAUCGGAUUUUUAUUACCUUCCGACACCAGGGCCAGCUGAUAGUAAAGGAGCCUGUCGUUUUUUUGAUUGCAUUGUAUCUUUCGAUCGUACCUAUAUCUUCACUGACACUUACCAUAUCUCUCAGAGACUGACAAAUGUUAUAUGGAUUGCCAUGUAUGUUGGAGUCAUACUAGGAGAGCUCUUGGUUCCUUUCUUGUACCGAUCUCUAAAGAAAAAUCCGCUCGCUUCUCGAGAAAUUGGAAAGGCUUCAAGUCAAAAGAUUCCCCCAGAGGCCCGUUUGUGGUUCGCUAUGUUGUGCGGCCCUGCUCUACCCGUGAGCCUCUUUUGGAUGGGAUGGACAAGCUAUGCAUCUAUUAGCAUAUGGAGUCCUAUUAUGGCAACUACACUAUUCGGUUACGCUAUUCUUAGCAUCUUUAUCAGCUCAUGCAUGUAUGUCAUAGAUGCAUAUGAUAUUCUCUCAGCCUCAGCUCUGGGAUUCAUGACCUUCUCUUGUUAUAUCACGGCUGGAGUGAUGAGUAUCGUUGGGCUUUCCUUCUAUGAAAAUAUGGGUAUCCAGUAG